CGAGUAUCUGUCUGAGAUUCAGUUAGUCAUCAGCUCGCAAACGAAGAUGCAGUACAAUCAACCGCCUCCGGGUUCUACGAGUUAUCCGUAUCCGGCACCACCGCCGAGUUACGAGCAGGUGGUGCACGUCCAGGCUCCAGUGAGAGUGGUUCAUGCAGGUCAACCGCCACCAGUGGUCAUCAUACAACAUCAAACUGCACCGCCUGUGGGUCCAGAUCCCUCUUUCAUCACCUGCCCCCACUGCCACGUCCAGAAAUUGACCCGGGUGGAGUAUGCUCCAAGUGUGAAAACCCAUUGCAUGGCCGCCCUCCUUUGCAUCGUUGGUCUUUGGUGUUUCGCCUGUCUACCCUACUGCGCCACCAGCUGCAUGAACGCCAACCACUUUUGCGGCAACUGCAACAAGUUCGUGGGCGUCUAUAGUAGUGAUUAG